GCUGUCGAUAGUGAGGCUUGCCCGACAGUGCUCGGGCUCGGCGGUGGACUUCAGCAGCUCCGGGCCCGGGGUUCAGGAUGUUGAACGUCCCUUCGCCGGCCUUCCCGGCCCCCAGUUCGCAGCAGCGCUCCGACUCCUCGGGACGGGGCAAGGUACCUCUAAAACAAGGCAGAAGUCUUAUGGAUUGGAUUAGAUUAACCAAAAGUGGAAAGGAUCUAACAGGAUUAAAAGGCAGGCUAAUUGAAGUCAGUGAAGAAGAACUUAAAAAACACAACACAAAAGAUGAUUGUUGGAUAUGCAUAAGGGGAUUUGUUUAUAAUGUCAGUCCUUAUAUGGAAUAUCACCCUGGUGGCGAAGAAGAACUGAUGAAAGCAGCAGGAGCAGAUGGUACUGAACUUUUUGAUCAGGUUCAUCGAUGGGUCAAUUAUGAGUCCAUGCUGAAAGAAUGCCUGGUUGGCAGAAUGGCAGUCAAACUUGUCACUUGUAAAGACAAUCGAGAGGAGAAGAAAGUCUUAAAUGGCAUGCUUCACAAGAGCCAAGUCACAAAUACAUUUGCCAAAGGCCCUAGUUCUCCAAGCUAUGACUGGUUUCAAACAGAUUCUUUAGUCACCAUUGUCAUAUAUACCAAACAGAAGAAGGAUGUUGGUUUAGAUUCAAUAAUAGUUGAUCAAAAGGACGAUUCCUUUAGAGCAGAAACAAUUAUCAACGGAUAUUCAUAUCUUAUCCAUAUUAAACUAAGUCAUGAAAUUCAAGAAUUUUCUGUGCGAAUUAUUGAGAAUGUGGGAAAAAUAGAGAUUGCCCUGAAGAAAAAAGAGAAAACUUGUUGGAAGUCUCUUGGUCAUUUCCUGGAAGCUCACAAUUCAUUUAUUCCAAAGAAAGAUAGAGGUUUGUACUACAGAAACUGUCAGUUAAUUUCCAAAGAACAUAUUGCUCAUAACACAAAGCUUUUCUGCUUGCUGCUGCCACCAAGCUCUCAUCUCCAGGUGCCAAUUGGACAACAUGUUUAUUUCAAGCUAACUAUCACAGGUAAAGAGAUAGUGAAGCCAUAUACACCUGUCUGUGGUUCCUUAGUCUCUGAGUUCAAAGAACCACUUCUUCAUAAUGAUAAACACAUCUACUUUUUGAUCAAAAUCUAUCCUGAUGGACUAUUCACACCAGAACUUGAUCAUCUUCAGAUUGGAGAUUUUGUUUCUGUAAGCAGUCCUGAGGGCAAUUUUAAAAUAUCCCAGCUCCAAGAAUUAGAAGAUCUCUUUUUAUUGGCAGCUGGAACAGGCUUCACACCCAUGGUUAAAAUACUGAAUUAUGCUUUGACUAAUAUACCCAGUCUCAGGAAAGUGAAGCUGAUGUUCUUCAACAAAACAGAAGAUGAUAUAAUUUGGAGAAGCCAACUGGAGAAAUUAUCAUUUAAAGAUAAAAGAUUUGAUACUGAAUUUGUUCUCUCUGCACCUAACUCUGAAUGGAAAGGUAAAACAGGACACAUUUCACUAGCUCUCCUUUCCAAUUUUUUAAUAAAAAGUUCAGAGAAAUCUCGAGUCCUCAUCUGCAUUUGUGGCCCAACACCAUUUACAGAACAAGGAGUGAGGUUGCUACAUGAUCUUAACUUUUCCAAUGAGGAGAUCCAUAGUUUCACAGGGUAAAGAAGAGUUGCUACUGUAAAUCAGCGGUUUCAUUUCCAUUUGUGAUUAUUGAGGGUUUUCUAAGCCAGCAUUUUUGUGUAUUCUUGAAGGUUAUCUAGAUUCUAGGCUUCAGUUUCUUAAAUGAACCAAAUGUUCCUACAAUAUAGAAAAUUUGUUGGUUUAUUUUGUACUGUAAUUUAUUUUACUACUGAUAUUUGACAUGUAAAGUCAAUUAUGGCAACAAAUACAUACAGGAUUCUUUGUUAGGAAUCACAAGAGUCUUUUUGCCAUUUAAAUUUUAUCACUUCUACAGUAAGCUCUUGUGUUUUAUGAUAUGAUAAAUGAUCACUUUGAUCACAUUUCUAUGCUACAAAA